CUUCCUGAAAGAGAAACAAACGAAGGUUUCACUUCAAUUUAAUCAAAAUAGGGUCCCUUUUUAGCAAGCAGAACACCAAAGAUUGCCACGGAGCACCAGAAAAGAACAGCACGCUGAUGGAGAGUGCAGAAAAGCCAGCUACUGCCAUGAACACAGUGGAUACAUCAGGAGGGCCUUUUGGAGUACCUGCAGGAGAGCCCAAAGUAGAAGUUUCAGAACCAACUAGAAGGGCUCUAGAAGGCAACUUGGAGUACAACUUCAAACAUGUGAGAAGAGGAAUGGCCAUCAUCGUCAACAACCGUAACUUUGAGGAGAAAACGGAACAAGGUGAAAGGAUAGGGACUGAUGUAGAUGCAGGAGCACUGGCAAACCUUUUCAUGGAUCUGGGAUUUGAAGUCACUCGUUAUGACAAUCUAAGCACUAUGGAGAUGAUGUCCGUAAUGAGGCAAGCUGCCCAGGAGGACCACUCUGAUGCUGACUGUUUUGCCUGUGCAUUCCUAAGCCAUGGUAUAGAGGGACGGAUAUAUGGGACCAAUGGCCUAAUAUCCAUAGAUUUACUGCUAAGUUUUUUCAAGGGAGACAAGUGUUUAUCACUGGCUGGGAAGCCUAAGCUGUUCUUUAUACAGGCCUGUCGAGGAAAGAAGAAUGAUGAGGGUGUUGAUAUCCCACUGGAUGAGACAGAUAGUGCCACUGAGCCCAAAGUCCGGCGUAUUCCUACAGAGGCAGACUACAUGGUGGCAUAUUCUGUGGCACCUGGUUACUACUCAUGGAGGAACUCUGUAGAUGGCUCCUGGUUUGUGCAGGGUCUGGUGCAAGUGUUGAAGGAGUUCCACCAAGAGAUGGAGCUGCUGCAGAUGAUGACCUUGGUAAACAAGGUCGUUGCUGAGGAGUUUGCCUCCGACACAGGGUACGAGUACAACAGCGGGAUGAAGCAGAUACCCACUAUUGUGUCCAGGCUCACUAAGUUUGUCUAUUUCAGACCAAAAUAUCUUGAUUAUUCUUAGCUUUUACUCAUUUUGUCAUCCUUGGCGACAUGUGAUCAGAGUUAAUUAUAUUGUCAAGUCAUUCAAAGUAACCAGCUUCAAAUAAUUUAUACACAUAUCUUUUAUACAUUAGCUAUAGAACUGUUUUGUUCCUUUUUAUACAUUUUAAUAACUGUUGCAGUGCAGUUAGUGUCUGACACAGGGUAUGAGUAUAACAGCUGUAUUCAGGCCAAAAAAAAUCUUGGUUAUCCCUAGCAUUUUUUUUAGCACAUAUGAUUGCAUUAUACAAGUAUGAUAAAAAAAGGUUUAUUGAUACGUAUCUUCCUUGUUUACCAAAAUGUGCUCCAGAUAGUCUGUCCAGUCAUUAAUUCACCAGCUUCCUUUCAAGACAUUUAUACACACCUUUUUUUUACCCAAGUUUCAGAGCUUUUGAGAAUUUUUUUAAACAUUUUGUACAAUUUUGGACAAAUAUAUAUUUGCUUUGUAUUGAUUUGACUCAAUGCAAAAGAGGAGAUCUUGUUUUGGGGAUAAAUGCAUUUUAGACACAAUACCAAAAGCAUUUUAGUAACUGCUCAAGAAAAUUGUUAAAUGGUCAAUGACCACUUCUGUGAAAUUUGUCUAAAAGUUGAAAAACUUUAUAGACCUAUUUAAAGCUGUGCAAUUUGUAAGCACUGUGUAAUCAGAAUGUGCUAUAAGCAUUGUGGGGACAUUGUUUAAUGUACAAAUUUUACGUGAUACAACAAUGUGUUGAUUUUAUGAAACUUCAAUUGUUGGUUAAACUAUGAUGAUGCCAUUGAUUUAUUUAUAUAAUAUUAUAUAUAUAAUGCAGCAGUGAAACUGCAUGACUUUUAAAUAUUUAUACUCAAAUCAUGCUUACAUAAUCUAGUCAGUGCUUACUGACAUAUACACUUUAUGUAUAUGUUGAAACAGAAUUUGUUAGGGACUGACAUUGUUUUAGAAUGUCUGGUGCAUUUUGUUGUUUUAAUGAUUUGGGGCAUUUAAAAGCAUGCUUUUAGUUUGUCUAUUGCUUUUCAGAGGAAUCCUUUGGACGGAGUUAUCCAUAUUUACAUACCUUAACAACCAGUUUCCCUUGUUUAUUUGACAAUUACCACUACCAAUUUUAAUCAUAAUAUUUAAAAAUGAUCUAUACUUCAUGUUAUAAGUUAUGUUUAUAAGAACUGUGUUACUGCAUGAAUGAUAUAAUCUGAGUUUUAACACUGAUAGAUGUAUAUUUAAUCUCAAAGCAAGAAAAUCUUUCUUUAUUGUCUGUUCUUUUACAGAAAUGAAAUCGUAUGUAUUUGAGUUCUUGAAAAUGUGUUGUGAUAUGGAAAAUUUGACCCAAAGAUCUCAAUUAAAUGUUA